GGACAGAAAGAAAGUAUGUUUAUUUAAGAGGUUACGAAGUAUUUACAUAAUACAUAUACUUUUUCUUCAGUCGUCCAUUUUCAUUUUUCAAUGUGUUCUAUCUUCUCGUUUUAACAGAAAGUCCCCUAGUAGCAAUAAAACCACUCCAUGUUCUUAAACAUUUGUCAAAAAUUUAUGUCAACCGAAUAAGAUAAUAAAGCAUAUUAUAAGACUGUCCCAAUGCACACCGCUUUCUGCAUCUUCGCGGCAGGACGGCUGUUAGUGGUAGUGGGUGAACGAAAAACCAAUGUCUAUCGCUUAAACCGGGUUGGCGGAUACGGAGGAUCCAUAUGUGUGUGUGUUGGAAAACCUUGGUUUCAAGUCAAUAGCGCAAAUAGACCCCAGGGUAUUGAGGGAUCAAAUGGUAUAUGAACCUACUUUUAGUCACCAAGUACCAUGGGAUCAUAUCUCCUGACCUUGCUGCCCUUCCUUUUUGAUUAGAUCUCUAGAUCAAAGACCUGAAGAGUGUCCUUCUAAGACAACCCUCUGAUUCUGUCUGGAUACGUGGGAAGUAUCACAGUUUACGAAACGUUUGAUGGUGACUACAGCCGAAGAAAAUACUCUCGUUCCUAUUCCCGUUCUCACAACUAUUUAGUAACAUUCACUUGUAUUUUACAUUGCAUCGCGUAUCUGUUCUCUUUUAUUCCCGCUUCGUGUAUUCCUUUAUCCUUCAACUCAUACAGCCGUUCACCUAUGGUGUAACUUCUGUCCCAUUUAAACGAUCUCAAGUCACUGACUGGUCAAGGGUUAAGCGCUAGCACCGAACACGAGUUCUGAACCAGCCUUUCUGAAUCCACCUAUGCCACCCUAACUAGCCUCCUUCAAAAAGCACACACUAAUCCAGAUCGGACAACAGAUAGGGUUGGCUAUGUCUUCAGAAGGUUUCAACAUCGAUGUCUGUUGUCUAUCCGAUAUCUGUAUUCAAGACUCUAGUGAAGAACUGUAAAUUGGCUCUCCAUCUGUUGCUUCAAAAGCUUGUUUCGUGUGUGGUUAUCCAGGGACCCUGUGACGUCUUCGUCCGGUUUUUGUAGCGUUGGCGUUGCACUAAGCGCCAGAAUAUAAGCAGGACUAAUCUAUUGGGUCCCAAUCAACGGUCGAUUAUUUACUACUAAAUAAGUAUGCCUCAUCAAUUUGGGAAGAAAUCGAUGUGGGAAACGAUUACUUUUCUUGAUCUCUGCCUAUGCCGCAACAAAUUGCCUGGAUUCUAUCAAGGAUGAGUCCUACCACCAGUUAAGUGGUCUCCGGAAAGUGCGUCCAACAGAUAUUGUGGUACUAGCCGGAGAUUCGAAUGUGCAGAUCGGGCGUCUAGAGACCGAGCGGAUCCGUUUGAGUAGCCAAUGGGAACUCGUCGGUUGCAGGUCAGAGAACGGUGCUGUCAUCCACAAAAUUCAGUCAGUCAGUAACAACGUAGAACUUCGUACGUACGCACGUACAUCGGUUCGAGUUGCCACACCACAUUAGCACAGAGAUGCAGUGGUCGAUUCAAAUCCCGUAGUGGCAGAGGUAAUGAGAGUAUAAGCAGUAAUCGGGAAGAUUAAUGUUUGGAGAUGUUACUUAAAGAGUAUAAUACAGUGAAAUAAAUCUGGGAAGAGAAAAAAAGAGGCAAGGAGGAAUAAGGAGAUCAAAAUUCGGGAGAACACAAAGAAUGUAUGCACCUGCGCCAUUGCAAACAAUUUCGAGCCAUCUCAUUCAGGGUCUCUAACCAUCGGUUGCUAUCAUCUCGUGGUCCCCAACCAGGUAGUCUACACCUACCAACAUGACUCAGUCCACUUGUCAGUGACUUCAUGGACUUGUGCCAUGUUUUGUUCUGGCCGCCCCUAGCAUUCUUCCAACCUACUCCUAUAACACUGAGCAUCGCAUGUCGAGGCAGUCGGUCGUUCGGCAUACGUAACACGUGUCCCAGCCAUCUCAACUGAUGAAGAUUCACUACUUCAUUAAUUGAUUUGCCAUCCUUACCUAGUACCCGUUUCCUAACAACUGUAUUGCUUACUCGGUGGUCCCAGUAUAUACGCGCAAUAUAUCGAAGACACCUAUGUUCAAAUGCUAGUAAACUACGGAUAUCCUUUACUCUUACCCGCCAAGUUUCAGUGCCAUAAAGUAGGACGGAACGAACUGCUGCGCAGUAAACCUGUCCUUUGGUUGAUAGACGGAUAUCUCGCCUACGCCAUAAAUGACGCAAGUUGGUAAAAGCUAGUCGAGCCUUUUGUAUCCGUGCUGAGAUUUCGUCACACACCAGACCACAAGGGCUAGUGAGACUCCCAAGAUAAGUGAAGCGGUCGACACGCUCAACUACUUCACUCCCUAUCAUUAGUUCGGGUGUCAAUGUAAUCCAAUCCUCGAGCAGUAUUUUGCAUUUCGAAGGAGAGAAUCGCAUGCCGAAUAUGCUUGCAUUGUUGCUUAGAGUGGUCAGAAGACUGCAUUUUGUCAGCGUCUUCACCAAAUAGAACAAUGUCAUCAGCAUAUUCUAGGUCAAAAAGUGAAUUUCCCGAUAAAAGUUCAACUCCUGGAAAUUUAGAUGAGGAAAGUGUUAUCUCUAAAAGUACGUCGACGACAAAACCGACCAAGAAUGGAGAGAGUGGACAGCCCUGACGAACACCACUUGACGUAAUCAAUUCUGAUGACAGUUAUCCAUAAGCUCUCACUCUACCAGUUGUGUUCGAGUAGAGAGCCUUUAUAAGGUUAAUGUACUUCUUUGGUACUCCUUUCAGUUAUAAACACUGCUAUUGAACCUCGAAUACUGGCUUAUGGUCGAGAAAUACUACGAUUGUGGGGCGUCUGAAUGUGUGUCUGUAUUCUAGAACCUGACGUAGUGUGCAUAUCUGGUCUAUACAACCACGUCCAGAUUGAAAACCAGUCUGGUUUUCUCUAGUCUGCUCUUCACGAGCUUUAGUUAUGCGUCGAAGUAUUAUUGAAGCUAAACUUUUAGAUACUAUAUUUGUCAAACUGAUUCCUCUGUGAUUUUCACAAGAGGACUUUUGUCCUUUCUUAUAGACUGGCAUAAUCAGUGAUUGAGACCAGUCAGAUGGGAUUACGUACAGUUCCCAAAUUGUACCUAACACCUCAGUUAAUCUCACUGCUAAUACUGGACCACCAUCCUUAAAAAUCUCAGGGUUAAACCUUUCAGGGCCUGCUGCUCUCCCUUGCUUCAGAUUUUCUAUAGCUUUUUCAAUUUCGUAAAGAGUCGGAGGAUCUUCAUUAACUUGCCAUUUUGGGUGACUGCAGAUCGUGAGAAAUAGAAGUGUGGCUGAAUGUCACUUCAACUGGUCCCUAGUGUUCACUGCCAUUCACACAGCUUUUUGGAUAUCAUUCCAUGCUGCCUCGGGGUGGGCACCACUUACAUGGCUGCCUAACUGUUUUUCUAGUUGUUACUGAAAUAUAUUCUUAGCUUGGCUAUCAUUAAGUAGAACCCUAAGAUGUUUACUUGCAGCGUCUUUCCUACGUCCAGUAAGACGCAGACAAAUACGCUCUCGCACAAUAGCAUGAUCUGAAUCUAAACAUGUGCUCAAGAACGAGCGACAGUCUUCCAGCGAGCCCCUACAUCGGUGGCUGAUGGAGAUGUGAUAUAGUUGGGUCCAACAUUGGGAUGAGUUCUCGGGUCGUCAUGUCAAAAGGUGUUUUUCCUUAUGCUUAAAGUUAGUAUUUGCAAGGAACAGGCGGUUAUCUGAGCAUAGUUGCAACAGACGGUCGCCAUUAUCUGUUCUUUGAGCCACGAUGCUAUAAGAUCCACCCAGGUGUCUUUCCCUAUCGCUUAGUUUACCUACUUGAGCAUUAAAGUCACCGGCGACUAUUACUACAUCCAAGCGCCUAACUUUUUGGCGGAGAUUGGAUAGCUUUCUGUAAAACUCAUCUUUUACCUCAUCUGCGCUGCAGUCAGUGGGAGAGUAUUCAGAGACGACGAAGAGGCAACGGCGAGUGUCCAUAUCUUUCUGAGUUCUUACUGUUCCGUUUAGUCGGACGGAACAGAAACGACUAUCUACUGGGAUCCAGUCUAAGAGAGCUAGUUCUGUUCUAGGACUCAACGCUAUGCCUACACCAGCGAGGCCACGGGAAGCAGAAUCAAGGCUUCCAGAUACACAAAGCGUGAAGUGAGAUGACCCUUUAUUUUGAUAUGGUGAGGUCAAAUGAAUGACGCUACUCGGAUCCUGUACGCGCGUUUCGGAGACGCAGCACACAUUUAUGGCGCGAGAUUCCAAUGUCCUAGCUAAGGAAGCCUGAUGUUUUAUUUGGCACAGUGUUCGGACGUUAAAAGCUCCUACAUGUAGUUUAGUGCGUGGUUUCAGUAUACCAGGAAUAACGUUCCGCGUACUCGAAUCGUUUGCCUUAGCGGUGCGAGGUGAUAAAGAGACGUGAGAAGAGUUAGUCAUGGAGAUAAGAGAGGUAUUAGGAGGUGUAGGAAGGAUUUGAAUGUGACCAACUUGGUCUCGUGUGUUGUUACGGGUAUGAGGGCUGAUAUCACUUCUCGGCUGCCUACACCGUGGAGUGUGACCGCAGAGCCCAAGGGACAACUGCCUAAGCCGGUCGCGCACGGCCUUUUCGUGGAAGGUUUUUAAUGUGUUAUCUCCGUUCUUCAAAGGGCCUUACCGCCGGAGACGAAAAUCCGUGAGGUAAGGUGAGGUGUGACAUUUUUAGGGUCGGCCUUUUCUAACACCACUCCUCCUUGUGGGAAGGCAGCAUCGAUGUCAUGCUGGCUGUCCGAGGGAAAAACCUUGUCACACCCCUCUACAGUCAGUAGUACGACUUUUCCCUCAGACCUUGAGUUGCUGCUUUUAGUCUUACCGUUCUCCAAUCGACCUGCCUGGCAUGGUAGAACCUACAGGAACAUAUGUUCCAGCCAAUAUAGCACGGUUGGGACAUCACGAUAAGCAAGCCCGACCACCGCGUCAAGGUAGCAGCCUCGGUCGGGUCACAAAGUUCAAAUCAUCCAAAUGGUUGUGGACGAAAUAGAAGCCUUCGCUUAACAGGCUUCAGUGUCUAGUAGUAGAGGAUCACCGAUACGGGUACAGAAGUGUUAAGGAUACUGUAAGCCACCAGAAGGUCACCUCUAAGACGCCUGUACUCUAAUGGGUAAAGGAGGGGUUCUUCACAAGGUUUGAAUUUGAGUCCCCGAACUGAUUUCGUGGCUCGCCGUUGGAUACGCUUCAGUGUCCUUAUCCUUUUGGAGUGAGGGAGGAAAUACUAUGUUCCCGUACUCUAAAUAGGGACGAAUAAAACUGUUAAAGGUUGUGUGGAAAGUUCUUCCGUCAAACUGGCCAAAAAUGCGCUUCAAUGUUACCAGUGCAAGAUUUGCUCGGAAGGCAUUUUUGUCACAGUUAGCGUAAGACUUUAGAUCGUAGAGCACCAGGACUCCCAAAUCUUUUUCGACUUGAGAUGCUACUAGGGAGGAGUUUCUUAAGUUGUAACUGUAGUCUGCGACAUGUCGCAGAUGGACUACUUUACACUUUGAAGUGUUAAAGGUAAGUCCAGCUGCUUUCAAUGUUCACUGUACUCUGUGCUGUGGACAUCUUCGUACUUCAGUCAAAAACUAGAAGGAAGAUAAAUGGCAAGAAUAAGCUUCCUUUUCUGACACUAGUGGUCAUUCGGAAAGCAUCUGUGAGCUGCCCUCUACGCACAGCUCUGCAGUUCGGUCCAUCGUAGGGAGUCUUGUAUCCCAACGAAGAUGUUGUUAUGUACUUCGUGGUGUUGACGAGGAUUACACAAGGUUUACACUGUCGAAUUCUUUCCAUUAAUGAAGUACAUGCAUAGCAAUGAGAUCCAUUCAAUUGACUGCUGCAUAAUAAUCGUCAUUGUCGCAUUUUGGUCAGUAUACGAUUGAUCCAUACGAAAACCAGCUUGUUGAUCUCGAAGUUGAGUAACUACUGAAUCUUUCACUCGGUCCAGUAACACUGUUCGAAAAUUUGUCUAGUACUGACAAUAGUUUUUAAACCUACGAAGAUCUCAUUUUUCUAGUAUUCUUAUGAGGUAUCCGUUUUUGUAAUCUGUUGGGACUUGUUUUUCCUCUCAAAUCUUUCUAAUGAGGACAUUGAAAUCUUUGGAGUUACUUUUAUGUCUGAAUCCAUUACUUCGGUUGGUAUACUGUCUGGUCCUAGAACUUGUUAGUAUCUCAAGCCUUUUUGCAAGUUGAGGAUGCUAACUUCACGCCUAAUCGUCCCACUUUACCCGAACUUGGAACCUGAAGUAGCUUCAGAUGGAGUUAUUGACAUUGAUGAGUAAGCAUAAUCUUUAUCAAUCAGAACGCAACCCAAUGAAAUUCCAUUCAGGAUAUUUCACUGAAGCUACAAACACAAAUACAGAAUUAGUUGCAAAUGAAACAAAAAUUAUUCACAAGGACAAAUUCCACAAUAUCUUAGAUCAGUUGCAUGACCCCUAAUUGUCAUCUGAAAAUCGUUUGAUCAGUAAUCAAGAUAUUAAUCAUGUAAUCAUUGACAAUGAUCUAUGGUUGAUUUUCGGUAUUAACUAAACCAUUGUUUAUAUGAUAAAAUUCUUAAAUCAAUCAUUUUUUUUAGAUUUUAACAACUCUGCUGUCUAAUAUGACCGCAACAAAAACAAAGGAUUGUAAUGUUCCCAGAACACAAUAAAACAUGCUUUUCUACUGGCUUAGCACUAACCGAUAAUCAAUAUAAUUUUUUAUUGUUGAUCCGUUUAGAUCGUCGCACAUAUUUCUGGAAGAAACAUUUCACAGAUAUGACAACACAAACAGAUUAACACCGAUUGAAUUAAGGUUUUAAGUGAUUUUAUGCUAAACAACUAUACAUAUGAACAGUGACAAUUUAUUUAGAUUUAUUUAAGAUAUGAAUAAUUCUCAUAACUACCGUUUAUGUGAGACUACAGAUUGUUGAUUUUACAGUGUAAAUAAUUAAAUGUACAUAUAUAUAAAACAGCAAAAGCGUAGUCUGUGAAAAUGAAGUUUAUCACCAAACACGAAUUUGUUCGGGAGUCAAGCGCUUAAAUACACUUAAAGGUUUUAUUAGCAAAACCACAGAACUAACUAAGCAUUUUCUAGUUUUACAAGCGUUACAUCCUUAUCUCCCAAAUUGGCGGAUCAAAUGUAGCUUUUUCUAAAUAACUUUUUAUUUAUCGUAAAAUAUACUUAGAUACUUAUUUAUCAAGAUAAUAAUAUGAUCAGUUAUACUUUAUAGUUAGGUAAUCACAGGGGCUGUCAGAGAUAUAUUAGUUGUUGUGGCUUCUUCGUUGUCUAUACUGUGAAAGGAAUGUUCUUGAUCACCUGAGAGCGUAUCCACGACGUCCAAAAGACAACUGGUUAAGGCCAGUUACACACGACCUUUUUCCGAGUUUUGAAUGAACUAACCCCUUACUUUUAAUGCUUUACCGCUGGAAACGGACAAAAAAGAGAUUUACUGCCUUCAAUACGGACCUAUUUUAACCCAUUUUCUCCGUUGUCAAAAGACACAUCUAAGGAAUAAACCUUAUUCCCUUCACACCAUUAUACAAAUAACGCUAUGACUAAGCCGUCGAAUCUUAAGCUGGUGUUUUUAGUUUUACCUCUCUCCAAUGAAUCUGCCUGACAUGAUAUGAUCUAACAAAUGAGGUAUUCCAGCCAUUAAAGUUUGGUUAGGUCACUAUAAUAGGUAACCUAGACCACUAUAUUAAAGUACCAGCUUCGGUAUCUUCUUCCGAAUAAUCGAUGAUGGUCAGAAAUAAUGAAUAAUUUCUGUCUGUCUAUGGAUGGAAUAUCUUUUUCAUGUUUUCUGUGUUUUCAACAAUAAUAUAAUGGGUCGAAUAUUGUGAUAUUUUGAACUAAUUUACGUAAAGUUGUUUUUUAUAUUGCAGUUGUAAAAUUAUUAGUCACUUGAAUUCUUGUACUUUAAUAUUUUCCUAUCCUUAGGUUUUCUUUAAGUAAAUAAACCUCUGUUAUUUUCUAAUUCCCUUAAGUUACUGUUAACUCACUACUCACUUAUUAUUCAGCUCUCCACCGCCUAUCGUGUAGUCAUGUUUACGUUUGACUAUCUUGUUUAUUUGCUCUGUUUUCAGUCAGUUAGCCUAGAUUAUCACACGACUUUAAGUUCUGAACGAAACAGUACGAUGGAAGUCUCUACUUGCUGUGUUCUUGUUCUAUUCUUUAUAUUGGAUAAAAAAAUAUGAGACUGCAUCGUGAAACAGUAGGUCUUAAGUAUUGAUUCUGGAUGUUAUUUCAUUGUCACUGAGUUAUUGGU